UCACUGAUGUCGUAGACAGGUUCGGGGUCAUUCGGUCGCGCACCUGAAAAAGAAUAUUUUAUCACCGAAAUAAAAGUCGAAGCGAGUGGCGCUAGGUCACAGUAGUUUUCGGUUGUUCUUGCGGUAAAAUGUCUCGUUUUUUUGUUUUGCUGAUUUGUGUGAUAGCAGUUGUAGUACAAGGAAGGCCGCGGCUACAUCACAAGCACAAACAAGCUCAUGUACAGAACCCAGGAAGUGAGGAUCCGCGGGCACAUCGGAGGCAGCCCGCAGAUCACCAUCCACUUUCCGAUGCUCCAGCAGGCCCACAGGAUUUGAGCAUUUUCGACGUUAACGUGCAUAAAAUGGCAGACGAGAACAAGGUGUCUGGUCACAUUGCUCCGCACAGUGUAGCUGUGUCCAUGCAAGGUCCUGGUACGGUAUCUCUGAGCACCACUGAGCAGGUGGUAGGACCAAGUGAAGCCAAACCAGACCAUACCGUUAGCAUGGUGAAGGACACUGGAGGCUGCAACGGUCCCGAAUGCAGCAUGGUCAAUGUUAAAUCAGGUCACCAACUUCCCAUGGCCCUUCCGCUAACAGGGCCAUCAACACCCAUACAGGAACCAAAAGAGGUGAAACCCCAUGAUCUGAAACCUCUAGCUCAAGCCUCAAAAGAACCAGCUAAACUUCACGGACAUGCUGCCGCUGAUCAUGGAAAGAUGGGCCAUGUUGUUGUACACAAUCAAGUGAACAAGAAGCAGGCUAACGAAAUAAUUAAUGGUCUAGAGACCAAUAUACCUGUUGCGGCCCAUAAACCAAAAUACGAGCAUCCGUCCUUGGAAGAGAAUGUGAAAGUGCAUGCAGCCGCUGAACGUUCUGAUCACGGAGUAGUCAGCCAUGCUCAUAGUCACAUGACCAAGGAACACGCUAACGACAUGAUAACAGGUGUACAGAACGGUGUACCUGUAGUAACCCAUAAACCAAAAAAGGAUGUACAAGUUAACAAUGGCCAUAAGGUCUUCAUAGGCAACCCAGGCAGUCCGCAGAAGGUGUUUGGACAAAUGGACUCCAAUAAUGUGGGCGUUACAUCGCAAGGACAAGGUACAGUGACUGUGACGUCACAAUUUGACAUUCCACAGCUUAGCCAAACUGUCGUUUUCGAUCCCAUGGAACCAUGCUCCGGGCCGUCAUGUCCGCCAGGCACUGCAAAGGAAAAAAAGGGUGGAAAGCACCAUUAAUAAAUUCCGACAGAAGCCGGUUUUACAGUGGUUUGACCAAACAGGACAUUCACCAAGAAA